CGCGGCGGACACUUCCCGCGGAGGGACCCUGCCGUGGCGGCGCGGACCCCAGGCUGACGCGCACGGCGGCCGAGGAGGGGCGGCGGCCAUGGACGACCACAGCCUGGACGAGUUCCGCCGGCGCUGGCAGGAGGAGCUGGCGCAGGCCCAGGCGCAGAGGAAGCGGCGGCGGCCCGAGGCUGCCGAGCGGCGGCCGCGGCGGCCGGAGGUGGUCCCCGGGCGCGGCGAGCAGGCCUCGGGGUACCUGGCGCUGGCCCAGGGCCUCCUGGAGGGCGCGGGGCGGCCCCCGGCGGCGCGGGCCGCUAGGCAGGACGCGGCGAGCCGUUCCCGCUCCCCUCCGGCCCGCGAGGGCGCCGGGGGCGGCGAGCAGCUGGUGGACCAGCUCAUCCGCGACCUGAAUGAAAUGGAUGAUGUGCCCUUCUUCGAUAUCCAACUGCCUUACGAAUUGGCAAUCAAUAUAUUUCAGUAUCUGGACAGGAAAGACCUAGGAAGGUGUGCACAGGUGAGCAAGACGUGGAAGGUGAUUGCGGAAGAUGAAGUGCUCUGGUACAGGCUGUGCCAGCAGGAAGGGCACCUUCCUGAGAGCAGCAUCUCGGAUUAUUCUUGCUGGAAGCUCAUCUUGCAAGAGUGCCGAGCCAAGGAACACAUGUUGCGAACCAACUGGAAGAAUCGCAAGGGUGCCGUGAGUGAGCUGGAACACAUUCCUGAUGCAGUUUUAUGUGAUGUGCAUUCUCAUGAUGGCGUUGUCAUUGCUGGAUACACAUCAGGGGAUGUGAGGGUGUGGGACACCCGCACCUGGGACUACAUAGCUCCCUUCCUGGAGUCGGAGUAUGAGGAGGACGAGCCUGGAAUGCAGCCAUAUGUCUCCUUUGUGAGGAUAAACAGCUCGCUGGCGGUAGCGGCUUAUGAGGAUGGCUUUCUUAAUAUUUGGGAUCUAAGAACUGGAAAGUACCCUAUUCAUCGUUUUGAGCAUGAUGCAAGAAUACAGGCACUAGCCCUAAGCCAGGAAGAUGCAACUGUUGCCACAGCUUCUGCUUUUGAUGUUGUAAUGUUAUGCCCCAAUGAGGAGGGAUAUUGGCAAAUAGCUGCAGAAUUUGAAGUUCAGAAACUGGUUGACUACCUUGAAAUAGUUCCAGAUACUGGAAGGUACCCUGUGGCAGUAGCCACUGCUGGAGAUCUGGUAUACCUGCUAAAAGCUGAAGACUCUGCCAGAACCCUCCAUUAUGUCUACGGCCAGCCUGUCACAUGUCUGGAUGUCUCAUCCAACCAGGCUGCUUUUGGUGUGAAGAGUCUCGGAUGGGUGUACGAAGGAAAUAAGAUCCUGGUGUACAGCCUGGAAGCAGAACGCUGCCUUUCGAAGCUGGGCAAUGCACUUGGUGACUUCACUUGCGUCAACCUGCGGGACAGCCCUCCCAAUCUCAUGGUCAGUGGCAACAUGGACAGGAGGGUGAGGAUCCACGAUCUCCGCACUGACAAAAUCACCCUGUCGCUCUCUGCCCACCAACUUGGGGUCUCCGCAGUCCAGAUGGAUGACUGGAAAAUCGUCAGCGGAGGCGAGGAAGGCCUGGUCUCUGUGUGGGAUUAUCGGAUGAACCAGAAGCUGUGGGAGGUGCAUUCGAGACACCCCGUUCGUCACCUCUCCUUCAACAGCCACAGCCUCAUCACGGCCAACGUGCCCUACGAGAGGGUGGUACGCAGCGCCGACCUGGAUGGCUUCAGCACUCACAGGAGAAUCUGCUUCCUGCUCACCUUCUUCUGUUCCAUGGACUUCAACGGGCAACGGCUUUGGAAGGGCCCCAGGACACCCGGGCGGGCGAGGUGGAAGGAGAGCAGCGACUUAAAAGGACAACGCCCAGGGGUGAGAGAUGCAUCGGGUUUGGGACUCAAAACGAGGGCCGACCCCACCGGCAGCGGGGCAGGCGGCCGUCCACAGAAUCAGGCAGGGUCUGGUGAAGAUGCUGUGAAUGCACGGCUGGCCCGUCCUGCCUCCACCUCACAGACGGGAGGCCGACGCUCGGGUCGCGGGGAGAAGGGGGACCUGGCCCAGGGCCGCAUCCCGCACUGCUCGCUCCUCGCGGCGCUGCCUCCCGUCUCUCCCCCAGCGCUCCUUGUGGCAUCCGGGCAAACUGAGGAGCGGGCGGCAGCAGACACCAACCCUGAGACUCGUGAGAGCCCAGUUCUGAAGGAGGGGGACGCUCAGAACAGUUGGCCCCGGGGGCUGGCAUGUUAUUUUGCUAUUAAAGGGGAUGCCGUACUGAUGUGUGUUACAGUGUUGACGAACCUCGAAACCAUGAUGCUGAGGGAAAGAAGCUCGACACAAAAGGCCACAUAUUAUACGGCUCCAUUUAUAGGCAAAGUCCCGAACAGACAAAUCCACAGGGACGGAAAGGAGACGGGUGGCUGCCAAGGCGAUAGGGGGUGAUGGCUGACAAGCACAGGGUUUCUUGGGGGUGAAGAAAAUGUCCUAAAACUGAUCGUACACUUUAAAAGGGUGAAUUGUACAAUAUGUAAAUUAUAUCUCAACAAAGCUGUUUUGAAAUUUCCCUAAAAUAUUUUUAAAAGCCAAAAAGCAAACAAACCCCGCACUAGGACUCCGUUUAUAUAAAGAAGCAAAGCGCCGACACUGACCCACGCCAUGGGAAGUCAGGAUAACGGCCAGCUAUCUUCAGGGAUGUGACCGGGACGGAGCCCGAGGAAGCUUCUGGAGGCUGGGAAUGUCCCGCUCUUGAUCUGGGUGUGGGGUCCUGGCAUGUUCAGUCUGUGAAAGCUCGUCUCGCGAUGACCAGUCACUUUUCUCCGUGCGUGUUAUAGUCCCCACUGCCCUGGCACGCCCAGCUGUCCUCCCCUUUCUCCUCAGUAGUGGGAGGCGACCAUGGGAGGAAAUACAUCGAAAGCCCAGGGGCCCUGGGCGGGAACAAGUCAGAGCAAAGGGGCCACGUGGAGCUUGAGGGAAUUCUGAGAGACAGACAGGACGCAGCCAGCUGCUUGUGUUUUAUCAGUGCAUGAGCCCUCAGCCCCUCUGGCUUUCAUCGGCCAGGGCGUCUUGGCUACUGCUAACCCCUCCUCAGCCUUGGUUUCCUCAUCUGUGAAGCAGGCGCCUCUGGAAUCAGACUUGGGUUCUCCCCGGCUCUGCUACCUGGGCCAAGUGGUUUAGCCUCUCUGAGCCUCAGUUUGCUCCUCUGGAAACAGAAGCCUCAAAGGGUUGUCAUGUGUUCAUGUGAGACAAAGUCUGGAGCACACUUAGCAUGGUGCCCGGGGAGGAGGGAGUGCUCCCCAGAUGGAAGCUCCAGACAUGGCCCCCAAGCUCAUGGGGACUGGGACCCCACAAUUUCCACAGCAGCAUGCCUCCAUGCCGUGCACCAUCGGGGCAGCAUAGGUGAAUGAGCAGCUGAGUGGAAGGGAUGGUGGGUGCGGGUGGGGCUUGACCCCUCGGUUCCGUCUGUCCUGAGCACCCAGGCUGCACCCAGCUCAGCUCCCUCCCCAGGCGUCCAGACCCUUUGGCCACCCCCAGGAGUUCUCCAUCCACAGAGUCCUGGGGCUGCUGGAAGGAUCAGAUCCGGGGACACACCGGGAAGCGGACGUGAGUCUGGUUAACUCCCAGGAGGGAAGAGAGGCCUCAAAGGAGGAAGCUGCAGGUUCCAGGCAGCUAGGAGAAACCGGGUCCCCAUGCUGUGAAGGUGGCAAGAAGGACCCACCACCGUGAGACCCCACAAAAGGCCAGAGGGACGUAGGGCUGACCCGGGAGGGAGAGCAGGCAGCAGUGCCCUGGGAGAGAGGGCGGAGGGCAGAACCACCUCGCAGACCAACCAAGUGUCCGAGAAGAAAAUUGACAACAAAGAGGCCUGACUCUCCAGUGGCAGCAGGAGGGGAGGCAGACCUAGGAAACCCCUGGGGGCAGGUGGCCGGGUCCUGGCUCACAGCCCUGGCAGGUCCGUGCUGACGUCUGACAUCCAGCUGUCCUUGCUCCAUCUCCCCUAGGCACCUGCUAGACCCACACUAGAAUCUCCCCUCUCCCUCCCCACGGGCAGCUUACUGACUCUCAGUUUCUUACAGAAGCCUCAGUUGCCUCAUCUGUGAGUUGGGUGCACACCCAGCACCUCCCGUAUCACAGGGAUGUGAAGUCUCGCACACCCAGGGGCCAAUCUGGGCUCUGCCCCCGACCGAGCCACGGCACAUCCCGGAGCCUUGGGACUUCUCAUGUGUCAAAUGGGGAUCGUGGGAAUAUCCAGGGAGUAUCACGAGGUUAACGAGAUGGAUGCAUAUAAGGUGUGCAGCAUCCUGCCUGACACCCGGUGAGCUCUUAAUUUAAAACUAAUUUUACUAAUAAGAGUAACCUCAGCCACCCUUCUGUGUACUCCCAAAGUGUCGGGGACUGUUGUAAGAGCUUUAUAUUAUCAUCCUGUAAGGUAGGAACUUAUCCCCAUCUUAAAGAUGAGAAAACUGAGGUAGAGGUGAGAAGCGUCUUAUUGCUAAGAGUGACUGACAGGUGGCACGGGGAGGCCUGGCUGGGGACAGCAGCUCACGAGAGUCAGGGCUGGCUGGCAGUCCCCGGGGACACUCCAGGGACCUGCCCACCUCCUUUUUCAACAAGUUGACUUGGGCUUUGAGCCCAGAGCCUGAGACCAGCUAACUAGAGCUUAAUGGCAGCUUAAUGCGCCAUCAGGGCUAGUUUCAGUCUUAUUUCCCUUCCUCCCACCUGCCCCGAGGUGCCCACUGGGCAGGUUGAGCCGGCUCAGUGGAAGGUGCCUCAGCUGUGGGAACAGCUCGGCUUCACCUGAGCCGCCCGUAGGCUGGGGGCAGGUCCCUGCUCUCGGGCCACAGCUGACGCAAGGUGGCCAGUGAGUGGUCCAGGAGGGAGGGGCUCACCCACGAGGGCUCCAGGGCACGUAACUUCCGCCCUUCUCCAAGGGUUUUAAAUUUCCCCCCGGCAUCUGAGGGCUUUCACCGUGAGAGGUGGUGCUCACACAGCACUUAGCUUUAAUCACCCCCACGCACCCACUUUACAGGCACGAAAGUGAGGCCCAGAGAGGUGACAUGACUAAGCCACAGUCGUGCAGCGAGGAGAGGAGCUUCGAAUCCGGUUCUAACCACCCUGGGGACUUCCUCACACUGGCUACUGCCUUCGAGUCGCAUGUUGUUUUUACUUUAAAGAGAGAAUGAGAGAUCUCUGUUGGACAUCUGUUCCCACCCAGCCCAGAGAGGCCCCAUCCGGGACUCAGAACAAGGGCACGAUAAGCGUCUGGCCCACGAGGGAAGGAAAAGCCUGAAAAACCACCGAGGGUGGGCCGGCGGGCUCGUCCUCAGCCCCGAGGUGUGGGUUGGUUUCCGGCAGCGUGUGAGGCUCAGCUCCACUGUAGACUUCUCUCUGCAGGUUCUGGGCUUGGGGCUGCCCUCAGCCACGCCAGGGCGCACCGACCUCCGAGCUGAGGAGGCAGCAAGGCCCCAACCCAGCCUGGGACGCCAGCCUCCCUGCUCCCUGCUGGUCCAGGGCCCCCUGCAGCAUCGAGGAAGGCCACUGGGGUCUUUCCUCCGCAGGGCGCCUGCCGGACUCUCCCGACCCCACCUCCCCGUACUGUUCAGCAUCUGACGUUUCCCACAUGGGGCCGUGAGAGAGUAGACACUCAGGAAGCUGGGGCCCCAGGGGACUCGUGAAGGAGGGACCACAUCUCUUUCAGCGUGCAUCUUCCCAGGCAGAGCCGAGCUGCUCCAAGUGCGGUCCCUGGACCAGCAGCGUGAGCAUCACCUGGGAGCUCGUGAGAAACACAGAGUCUCAGCCGCCCCAGAGCUGCUGAAUCAGAACUUGUGUCUUAACACGCUCCCCAGGGCAUUUGUGUGUAAGUUAAUGUUGGAGAAGCACUAAGGAUGGCCUAAAGGCACCAGGUGGCUCUCCCAUCCCCAUGCCUUUGCUAAAAGGUUCUGACAAGAAAGGCCUGGUCUUCUUGUCCACAGGCAAAUGCCUCAUUCAAAAGCUGGGGCAGCAUCACCGACAUCAUUCCUCCUCGUCACACACAGGCUUUCUCCCCCUCCCAUAACUGCUCCCAGGACCCAGCUGCCCUCCCAACACCUGUGGUUUCCUUAACACGUGGGGAGCAACCAGCAUUCUAGCCCCUUUGACGUGCCAGGCACUGUUCCAGUGCUGGCAGCAGCAGUGAAUGGGGUGGCCACGACCCCUCCCGGGAUUCUGGCGGAACAGAGAAGGAAAACAGUCUCCCAGGCAGUGACGAGCACUUUGCAGACGAACCAGCAAAGUACAAAGACCGCAGUGGGGUGGUCAGGAAAGGUCACGGCAAAGGUGACACACGAGCAGGGACCUGAAGGAGGCAAGUUCUCAUCUCCAGGGAGCACGUGGGGCUGUCUGGAGACAUUCUGGCCGUGACACUGGGAAAGAAUUACUGGCAUUGUGUGGGCAAAGGUCAGGGAUGCUGCGUAACAUCCUACAGGACGUGACCCCCCCCCCCCCCCCCCCAGAAUUCUCCAGCCCCAAGAGCCAACAGAAACCCUGCUCCAGGGAAAAGCAUCCUAGAAAGAAGGAACAGUGCAUUCUAGAGCUCUGAGGGAGGAAGAGCAAGAAUGUCCACGUGGCUGGAGCAGAAAGAGCAAGACGGUCAGGAGGUCAGAGGGGCAGAGGGCCAUCACAUGGGGUCUGUGGGACACGGAGCGGCCUCGGCGGCUCUCACUAUAUUUCGCUUGGCAAGAUGGACUGUUUUGAGCAGAGACGUGCCAUUUUAGAUCCCCCAUCCACUACUGCAGGUCUAUACGGUGUGGGGCGGGGGCAGUGAGAACAGAAGCAGGGGUCCAGGAAGGAGGCUGCUGCGGUAAGGCAGCUGAGAGACCACGCAGCCCGGAUGGGACGUCUGGGAGGACAGCUCCCUGGGGGACACGUUAAGCGUGACAUGCCUUCUGGACAUCAAGUGGAUGGGCAGUUGCUACCUGAGUCUGGAGUUCGGAGGAGACGUCCUGGCCCGAGGUACAAACUUGGGAGUCAGCCUCCGGGUGGAGCCACGAAUGUGUAUUUUAUUUCAAAGACAAUGGAAGGUCUCUGUGGUCUACCCCCCAGCUCUCCUCUCAUCACUCCCCACACAGGCUGACGAUGGCCCGUCUCCCAGCCUCUGCACUGGCGGCUCCCUCUGCCUACGGCUCCCUUCCCUCCUCUCUUCACACACCGGCUCCUUCUCCCCAUCCUGCUCCCAGCGCCUACGGGGCCACCUCGGAGGCACCUUCACUGACCACCCAUCCCGAACUGGCCCUCUCUGCCCUGCCUCCUUCUUUCACCACGACAUGUAAUGAACUACUGAUAGGCUAGUUACCUCCCUGGCACUCACACGCGCGCACACACACAGACAGACACACAGACAGACAGACACACACACACACACACCCUGGAACAAAAGCCCCCCACAAGGCAGAGGGAGCCUGACUUCUCAUUCAGCAUCCUCGCGGAAGGCCCUUAACAACCUGCUUUUGAACACAAGGACUGAGUUGGUAUUAAACAUCCUAGGAACGAAUCUCUAAAACGUCUUUAUGUGAGCACCCGCUAAUAAAUCGAGGACCACUUAGCUUCUCCCUGCUUUGGGGGAUCCCUUGGCAUCCUUUCACACCAAACCGACCCCUUCCAGGCCCUCCUUCCCACAGCUGCCCUCACGCUCGCAUCUCACCGGAGGGAGCAGAGGCAAGAGCCCCUGUGGCUCCCAGGGGGGCGUACAAGCCUGUGGGUCUCCCUUUUCAAAUACAUGUGAUCAUCCCAGCAAGGCUGUCCAGGGGGCACUUGUCAGCUCUGGGACACAUUAGGUACAGCCAGCGGAACUGCCCGACACCCUGGGCAGGCCGCGGCUCACUGCCGUGAGGACUUCUUAAAAAAAACCCUGUAAAUUUUUAGCUCUUUGACAGGUUAAAAGCAAAGUGAAUGGAUGAGAAAGCGACUUAAUUUGGAGAAAAGCCACAGGGUCACAGACGUGUGGUGCUCCGGCUCUUCUGUCAGCCAGCUCCGUUUCAGAACCCCAGCCCCGCUGUGUGACCCUUAACCUCUUUGGCCUCAGCCUCUUACUCGGUGAAAUGGGGUAAUGGUGUGAACUUCACAGGGCUCCUGAGACCCUCAGAACAUGCAGGUGAGCAGUCAGCCCGGAGCCUGGCACACGUCAGCAUCCGGCGGAUGGCAGCCGCCGCUCCCAUCGAUGCACACGGUGGGGGUAACCUCCAGCUCCCUAAGCAAGGGAAACGCGGCCGCGGGUCACAGGACAGGACCUAGAGCUACGACUUCUGCGGGGUCGCUGGUGUCUGGCCCAUCGGAAUGGUGCUCUGCGCCCUGGUGGCCUUCAACAACGACCCCUGCCUCCUUUUUUUCCUCGUGUACGUCUGUGGUUGCCUUCCUCCCAGGCAUCGCUCCACCCUGGGUGGUCUGAGGAAUCUAGAAAUGUCUUCGCCGCAUGGCUCUGUCCCACCAGGCCCCCCGGGGGCCUGCACCACUAGGUUUGGAGUAUCCCAUGGCGUCUGUUUCCGGGCGUUGCUGAGCCCGUCACAGUGCCAACAGGAAGUUAAAUGUUGCCGUUUGACACACUCACCAGUUAAGUUUCCCAACUAAAGAAAGAAAAAGUGCGAGAAGCCUGACUGUAUUUUCUUCACUGUCUGAACUUAGUGUGUUUUAAUGGGUUUCCUCAUGGAGGGUCUUCCCCAGUAGAAGAAAAGCUUUGGGGACAAGACAGAAGACUCUGCAGCAUGGGUCCACAGUGAACACGUCAGAGGAACGCUCCUAUUCAAGCGUGCCACCAAGAGGCCUCAGAACUCAGGGUUCCCUGGUCCGGGUGCACUCAGGUUUUUGGGGUCCUGAAACAUAUAUAAUUGGGGGACCCUCUUCAAGAAAAAGGAUGCAGCAUUAGGAAUUUUUUUUAAAAAUCAGGCGCUGGGCCUUGUAGGAAACCCCUCCAGUGAGGGGCCCUGAGGCAUGGUUUUCAAGGCCUCAGGGUAACCCCCCCUGGACGUCCCAGAUGAUUUUCAAAAAGACGAGGAACCUGAUCCAAUGUUGGCCAGAAAUGGUGGGUUGAGAUUAAAAUCAACUUUGGCACUUUCUACCUUGUGAGAUUAUUUUUUUAAGCUAUAUUCAAUUUAUCAAAGUCACAAGUUCAGCAAGUCAGAGCUUCGCUCAGCAGCUUACAAAUCUUCCCAGACCGGGGAUGAAGCGGCAGGUCUGAACAGCCACUUUGCUUCUAAGGGGUCUGUGCCCUCGAGGGAUUCCGAAGCCCCCUGGGGGAUCUAAGCAGCUCCCAGGCACCUCGGCUCUCUGAGCAGGAGGGGCAAAGGGAGCUGCACCCCUCACCCUGCACAGACUGGGGUGCUGGGGGCCUUGCUCAGGGAACCCUGGUCAACACCUUUCUCAUGGGGAACGUCCCCACAACCUGGCCAGCUCCCACCAACAGGCCUCUCAAUGCUCAAGAGAUGAACCCUUUCUGUGAUCUGAAAGCCCAGCCUGCUCAGGGCCCCCUGGACAGCCCCUGGAUGGCCCCAGGGAUCAGAGGGGUUGAAGACCCAGCCUGGGGCCACCCAGGAAAUCAUUGGCAGGUGGGGAUGGCGCCGGGGACCAAUCACAGCCCAGGGCCCCUUCCCCCGCCCGCCCUGGGAGGAUGGGCAGGAAAGCCCAGGGGCCCUUCUCCAGGCCCUGCAGUUCCCGGAGAAGGAGGCACUUCCUGCACGCCCGUUUGCAUAAGAGCUACUGCGGUCUGUCACCUCCCUCCUGCAGGCCAGGCCUGGCUGUCACCGUGUGCAGCCGACCCUAACCUCCCAGCAGAGACUGAGACACUGGAACAGGGGUGGCUGUGAUGGAAAUUAUGCCCCACCACCCCAGGACGUUAGGGUAGAGGGUCCUCAGAUGGCAGAGUGGGGAGACAGGUCCUCAGAGGUCACCUACAAGUCAGGGCAAUGCCCCCAGCUUCCUCACAGAGGGAUCUCAGCACAGGGUUCAAAUCCCAGCUCCGCCACGUCUGAGCUGUGUGACCCGGGGCCAGGGACAUGGCCUCUCUGAGCCUUACUUUCCCAUCUGUAAAAUGGAGAGAACAGGUGUUCCUAGCACUACUUCCAGUGGGGUUUAUAAGACUGAAGUAACAUGCUCGAAUCAUAAUAGCUUAUCUUUGUGAACGGUUCCUAUGAAUUCCUUCACCGGAACUACGUAAACCGUACGAGGGAAGUCCCAUUAACAACAAUGGGUCUCGUGUACACCAUGCAUGGCGGGUUAUAAAGAACUUUUCUAGUCAUUAUACUCACUCACUUGUUCCUCACUUCUUUGCUCACUCAUGCGCUCGUUCAUUCAUUCAUUCAACCAACUAUUCCAGAGCGUUUGCUAUGUUACAAGCCCCAGGCUCAGCACUAG